UGUUGAUCUGGUGAACACGCGGUGUACAGCUAUUAUUAUUUUAAAACAUUAACAUAAAGGAUAUAAAACUGCAAUGGGUAAAUCAAAAAAGAAACAUCCUAAAAAGCGCACGGCUGCCUUUAAGGAAAGUGAACCCCAUGAACUGGCAGAAGCUCCACAUUCUUUUAUUAUCCAUCGUGGUCUGUCGUGUCCAUUUAUCACAGAUCUAACAUUGGAUUUUCGUAAAAUUAUGGAACCAUUCACUGCGAGUGAAUUAAAAGAAAAGAAGAUAAAUCGCAUAAAAGAUUUUGUGGCGGUUAGCAGUUUCUUCCAUGUAUCUCACAUGGGUAUAUUUAACAAAGCCGCAACUCAGUUGUCCUUUAAAGUGGCUCGGCUGCCCAGAGGGCCCACGCUAACAUUUAAGGUGCAUCAAUUUACCUUGGCCAGAGAUGUGAUAUCCCUGAACAAGAAACAAUUUGUAGAUGAUAGCAUCUUUAAGCACUCUCCAUUGGUGGUAAUGAAUAAUUUCACAGGUGAUGGCAAACAUUUGAAACUAAUGGCACAUACGUUUCAAAAUAUGUUUCCCGCAAUCAACUUGGCAGAGAUUAAUAUAGCCACCAUAAGACGCUGUGUUCUGUUUUCCUACAAUGCCGAAACAAAUUUGGUAGAUAUGCGACAUUAUUCCAUACAAGUAGUCCCUGUGGGUCUCACAAAAGGUGUUAAGAAACUGGUAAUGGGUAAAAUACCGAAUUUGGCAAAAUGUGAAGAUAUAGCCGACUUUAUUAUGCAAGAUGGUAAUGCCUCCGAGUCUGAAGCGGAGGAUGAUGAAAACUCCCAAGUUGUUCUUCCACAAACGCUUAAACGUAAGGGAAAUUUGGAAAACAAUAAAUCGGCUGUACAGCUUCAAGAAAUUGGACCCCGCAUGACAUUGCAGCUUAUGAAAAUCGAGGAUGGCCUUCUCACCGGAGAGGUUCUAUACCAUGAUCAUAUUGUUAAAACCGAAGAAGAAAAGGAGGCUUUGCGAAAAAUGGUUGAGAAAAAACAAAAGUUAAAGGAACAACGUAAAAAACAGCAAGCCGAAAAUCGUGCCAAGAAACUGAAGGAACUUCAGAAGAAGGAGAAAAAUGCUGUGGGUGGAGCAUACAGCGAAAAUCAAGAGAAUGCUGGAGAGGAAGAAAUUGGUGCCGCCAGUGAUUUAGAUGAUGACGCUGUUUACUACAAAGAUGAAGUAGGCGAAGAGCCUGACGAGGAACUUUUUAAAUCGACAGAACCCGAAUCAAGAAAACGAACCAAAUUACCUCACAGCUUUAAGAGUAAAAAGCCAAAAUUGGACAUGAAAACCUCAAAGGAGAAUAGCCAUAAAUCGUUUGGAAAUAAAGAGAAAAAUAGUUUCAAAGGCAAGAAACCGUUCGAAGGCAAAGAAAGCAGUAGAUUUAAAGGCAAAAGAACCAUAGGUGGUAAAGGCAAAACAGGCUUUAAGGACAAGAAAACCUUCAAAUUUAAUAAAAAGAAAUAACAAUGUAAAUAAUUGAAGGAGUUUUUACAAAAUUCCUUUAUUUUUAUAUAGUUUAAGCAUAACUUAAAUAAUAAAGACUUUUAAAAGUAAA